GACCUUUUCAAAAAAGAAAUUGACAAAGAAGUGCGAUGUACACAUAUGCAUGAUUUGGAACAAUCUGCAUUGGGUUAUUUGUUCUUGGAUUCCGCUUUGUCUACAAACGUGAGCGCAUUAGAACUUUGCAAAACCUAGGUAUCUAGGCUCAUACUAUAGUUUGAUACCUGUCCGAUCUUGUGAAUUUGCGACUUGGUUUUGACACGCAAGGGGACUUCUGAUUCGUUGCUCAAAAUGCCGGAACCCGCUGGCCAAAAUCGACUUCGACGCCCCUGUAUCUCGAGCGCGGAUCUGCAACGUAUGCGCGAGAUGGUUGCAGUAUGGUACAGACUGAAGAGCUUGUGGAAGGCAUCGGAGUUGUAUGCCGAGCAGGUGCGUUUUAUACGGAGUGAGAUUUUACCGUUGGGGUGUUUGAUGGUUUCUAAGGCGGUCUGUGUUGGGAUUGGAAAGAUGGAUGGGAGGGGGGAGGGCAGAGAGGAAUGGAAAUUGGAUGGAGAGUAUGGUGGGAAGGAAUUGAAGGGAUUGUGCCAAUUGAUCAUGUUUCAAUGUUGGGUGGACACUUUGAGAGAAAAUUUUGCACUCCCCGAUACCGCCAUAGCAUUCUAUUUUCCGCGCGGGUUGAGCAAGGUCGAAGAACUCUUCAUGCAGGGACUGGGAUAUAGAAAUAGCAUCGUGCGAUACUACCACGAAUUAAAGGGCGUGGUGACGCCGGACACGUUUCUAUUUAUAACGAGCAAACAUGUGAAAUUUUGGCACAAGGGAUUGUUAGGUUUGGUGGUGCCGGGCUUGAUGGUGAGUGCGCCGUUGCAGGUUAUUGGGUAUUGGGAGAACUAUGGGAGAGGCACUCAGCGAGUAUUCAGACGCUUUCUAAACAGGGCAAAGAGUCGUAAACUCGGACCUCUCGUCGAUAUCACUUCUCUUACCUCUACCGAGCUCACAGAUCUUAGAUGGAAACCCGGUAGUAGAGAAAGUGCUGAAUUGCGCAUGAGUGAGAUAUCAAUGAACUAUGAAUUCUACUGGCGGCCUGAUCCGGAUCCUGAGUCGAUAAAAGGAGACGGGAAGGAGAAAGAAAAGCCAAUGUAUGGAUGGUAUACAUCCAUGGCCUGGCAUAAACUUCCCGGUCCGACUGGUAUCCCCGGAGACAUUUAUGAAAUGGGAGACGUAGAAGAAAAACUCCACACGAAGAAUAUAUCAUGGUGGGGACGGACUGCAAUGAAAUCACCGAUAACAUGGCUUGUUUAUCUUGAUAUCGUAUUGCGAUGGUUAAAAGGUUUUCUUGCCAAUACAUUCUGGCCAGAUAAUCUAGGGGGAAAAGAAGGGAGCUUGGGACGCAUAGAAGCAGUAUGGGAUUCUAGAGAAGAGGAAGAUGGGAAGGUGUGGUAUUUAGUAGAGAGAAAGACGAAGACUGGGACAGACUGGGGAUAUUGGUUAAGCGAGGAUCUGGGACCGGGAGCGUGGGGGAAGGUGAAUGAUUUUCAUUAUGCGUGUCCAGGGAGGAAGAGGGGAGAUGUGCAGAUUGGGUGGUGCGAAUAUGGGGAGGUGCUCAUUGAGGAGUUUUGGGAUUCUCAUUUCAAUAAAAGUAAGGAAGAGAAGAGAUCGUGAUUGGGUUUGGUUCUGUCUCGAAUUGGAAUAUGAACAGAUAUAAGAUGAAUCUCCGGAAACGUUGUUGG